GCAACCCAACCCCCAGCCUCUGCUGCGAGAUCUCCUGUUAUAGCCUCUUUCUGUUCCCCCCCUAAUGCUGUGGGCAAGUGAGGGGGGCUGUGUGAGCGGCGGAGGCCUCGCUCUGGCAGGCACGUGGGCUUGCUCUUCGCUGGCGCGCUGGAGGCUGCUCCUCCGGGUAGAGUUUUUCAGAUGUUGCUUUCGUCACACUGCAAAGCUUUUCCCCCUGUCAAGGGGAACUUCGGGGUUCCCCUGCCUGUCRACUUCGGGAGUUUGGCCCGAACCCUCCUGAUAUUUGGUGUGUUCUGAGGUUUCCUGCUCCGCAUGGAUAGGGUAGGGUUUACUGGGUGGAGGUUGGGAAGGAGCCUCUGUUUUCAAUGUAAACCCCACUAUCAUCUAUUCCCAUUUGGAAACUAGGGAAGCCUUGUUGUCAGGAUAUGCUUGUCAGACCUAUAUUGUUUGUGUCCUCAACAUAAACGGAGUGCACUGYGGGAAGCAGAAAGGUAUAUAUCCAUGUAAGGGAAAAUUGGGCCUAUUUCUCUUAUGUAAUCUGACUGCAAGCUAUUUGUGUGACCUCUCAUGAGCAAUUCUGGGGCAGAGAACUUUCUGUUUGUGCUGUGAGCGACUAUGUUAGGUAGAAUGGCCCUGUAUUUAGGAGCUGCUUCCUCUUCCAAUUUUAUAUCAAAAAAAAAWUUUUUUUUAAUCUCUUUUGAGGAGUGUUGUUUUGUAGUAGAUGCUGGUUUAUGGCAUGAGAGGUUUUGAGGGGCUUGUCUUUGUUCUCUGCUUGGUCUCUACAAUAGCACUGGCAGUGCAGAGUAGGAUUUAGAAGUAAAUUGGUUCAUAAUAAUUCCUGCCUGUUUUUGCGGAGAGGGAGGUUGAGCAGUCGGGUUGUGUGUUUCUGAGAGGAGCACUGAGAGCUCAGUUCAAGAGGAGUUGUGGGUGUCCCUGGAAACCUCAGUGGGAGAGAUGGAAGGAUUUUGCUUUGGAAGAAAUCACAUGACAUACAGUAGAAAUUUGUUCCCUCAAUUUCAUCAGUAUGUUAGGGCUAAACAUGAUUUUCCRUGUUUGAGUUUUAACAGGAGUAUUUGACUUGGAAAAUAAUAAGUGUUAGUCUUUUCAUUUACCUUCCAUAAAACUGGAGAAAAUACCCUUGCAGUAUAUUGGAUUUUUCCCUAUUAAUGAUUUCUAUGAUUGAAGUUAAUUGACACAUUGAAAUAAAUAGGGAAAAAAAAGAAAAAAAAAGAAAAGAAAAAAGUAAYGGUGAUUGUAGCUUAGAUGUGUUUUAUGUCUUAUAUGAAAAUAGAAGUGUUACAGUGCUUGUCUUCUAACGGCAGUUCACUUCUAUGACAGAUUUCUUUAGUACGUAGAGGUAUUUUUAUGAUUCUACUUAGCUGUCUACUUAGCUGGGACCCAAAUUAGAGUAGCUACAGAAAUUGCUGGGAACAAAAGCUAAGUAUGUGCAUGUAUACACAUAUGAUAACCACCUCCCCCCCCCCCCCAAAUGCAAAUAUCCUACGUCUAUAAGCUAGGGAAUUUGCACUUACUAAUUUUCUAAACUCCUUUGGAAGCUUAGGUUUUUUUCCAUCUGCAGCAGCAGGAAGUCUUCAUUUUCACCUGUUGAGGAAAAAAAACAUUGCUGUGAGAAGACAUGGGUUGAAGUUUACCUGUGGACAGAGCUUGAUUAACCAGACCUACUUGUUUCAUUAACUUUUUGCUAUUAGAAUAUUUACUUUCUUUAUUUUUGGUCUAGCAAGUUGGCACAGGUCAAGAGUUGUGUGUGGGAAGACACCUCAGCGGAGUCGAGCUUACUGUCACUUUACUUUCCAAUCAGUUUCUUUUACUGGUGCAUAUACAUUAUCCCAAUGCAAUGCUUUUUCUGCCAAGAAAAUUAUUUCUGCUUAGUGGAAAGGAACUGUACRUCAUUGAUCUUUGCCGUUUUUACGGUGAACCUCCUUAAAUUGCAUGUUUAUGUUACUGUUCCUAUGUAUGUGUGUCUCUCUAUCACAUAACCCAGAACUUAUUUCCUCAGCCAAAUGGCUAGGGGCCGAGCCUAGCCAUGAUUUUACCUCCAAUGGACGCAAGUUUCUAUGGUGAAGAUAUCUCCUGAGAGUUCGGGACUAGCAGAAAGAAGCGAGGAAAUUUCGACCGUUUGGUUCUUACGGAUAGGUAUUUAUGUAUUCGGGUUUGUGUGAAUGUAAGCUAUUUGACUUUCCAGAAAAACAUAUUUUGCAAGUGACAUUGAUUGGUUGGUUGAACUACAUACGGUAAGAGCUCUUAAGGAAAUGGAUCCCACUUAAACUAUUAAAGGAUACUUUUUGCCUUUAAUUGUAGUAAUUUAUUAUUUUCUUUGAGAGGAAUUUAGACAAUUAAACAAAUUUUCAAUAGUUGGUGACAAAUGAUUAGCAAAAUUAAAUGUAACUUCUAAAAGGAAAUAUGUUUUAACAUAUACGUGUUACUUUUUUUUUCAUUUUUAAUGGGUAAGUAUUUAAGUAGUCACAUAAACCCCAGUCCUAAGUUUCUUGCAUUGACCAGCUCUUUCAUCUUGCAGGUAUGAUGGACGUGGUCACCUGCAUGACCUUUCUGAAUAUGACGCUGAAUAUUCCACGUGGAACAGAGAUUAUCAAUUGUCUGAAGAGGAAGCUAGAAUAGAGGCCCUCUGUGAUGAAGAGAGAGGAGGAAUAUAAAAGACUGAGUGAAGCUUUGGCAGAGGACGGUACAUACAAUGCAGUGGGAUUCCGUUAUGGCAGUGAUUAUUAUGAUCCUUCAGAACCCACUGAGGAGGAGGAGCAUCAGCCUGCAAAACAAAGAGAAACAGUUCAGACAGAAAACGCGGAAGAAAAUGAGGAACCUUUUGUUGCACCCCCAGGACUGAAUGUACCUUCUGAUGUGGAAUUGCCACCAACAGCAAAAAUGCACGCAAUUAUAGAACGAACUGCAAACUUUGUUUGCAAGCAGGGAGCACAAUUUGAGAUUAUGCUGAAAGCCAAGCAAGCACGCAACUCCCAGUUUGACUUCUUGCGAUUUGAUCACUACCUCAAUCCCUACUAUAAAUUCAUUCAGAAAGCUAUGAAAGAGGGACGAUAUGCUGCUCCUUCUGAAAAUAAAACAGAGGAUAAAAAAAAUUCAAAAGCCAAAUCUGAGGAAGAUGAUGAUGAUGACGAUGAYGAUGAUGGAAACUAUCUGCAUCCCAGUCUGUUUGCAUCUAAAAAAUGCAGUAGACUUGAGGAGCUUAUGAAGCCUCUGAAGGUGGUGGACCCUGAUCAUCCACUGGCUGCACUGGUCCGCAAAGCACAAUCAGAUAAUAACUCAUCUACACCACAGUCAACAGAUGGAGCAGCUGCACAGACAUCACAAGUAGAAUAUUCUUCUGAUUCAACCGUGGCAGCCAUGUAUUAUAGUUACUACAUGCUGCCUGACGGAACCUAUUGCCUCGCACCUCCACCUCCAGGAAUAGAUGUUGCCACCUACUAUAAUGCAUUGCCUGCAGGGGUGACUGUAUCUGGCACUACAGGAGUAACAACAGUGCCACCCCCACCAGGUACUACACCUCCACCUCCCCCAGAAACAACCGAGAGCAGCAGCACGGUGACUUCUACCACAACUUCUACAAGCACAAUUGCUCCAGUGGUUGCCAUUAUACCUCCACCACCAGAUAUCCAGCCUGUUAUCGACAAGCUAGCUGAGUAUGUUGCUAGGAAUGGAAUAAAAUUUGAAACCAGUGUUCGUGCAAAGAAUGAUCUUAGAUUUGAGUUUCUGCAGCCAUGGCACCAAUAUAAUGCUUAUUAUGAAUUUAAAAAACAGUUCUUCCUUCAAAAGGAGAGCAGUGACCACUCUCAGGGAGUAUCUUCAUCUGAAGAUGUUCCAGCAGAUACUGCCGGUGAUGCACCAAGUGAAACUCAGUUUGCAGAGGAACAAACACCUGAGGAUGCAUCUGAAUCAAGUGCUAAGGGAGUGCCAGGAGCUAAAAAGGAUGUUCCUCCUUCAAAAGCCAUCAGUGAUGGUAAACUGGUGAAAGCAUCAUUUGCUCCAAUAAGCUUUGCAAUCAAGGCCAAAGAAAAUGACCUUCUUCCCUUGGAGAAAAACCGCGUUAAAUUAGAUGAUGACAGUGAUGAGGAGGAGGAAGAGGGCAAGGAAGGCCAAGAGAAUGCUGCUGCUGCUACUACUACUACUACUACUAUUACUACUAGUUCUACUACUACAAACCAUACUCCAGCUGUUCCCACUCCUUGUACUGUUACUGAAGAGAAAAAACCUCAACUUACACAGGAGGAGUUGGAAGCUAAACAAGCAAAACAGAAGCUAGAGGAUAGACUUGCUGCWGCAGCAAGAGAGAAGCUUGCCCAAGCCUCCAAAGAAUCAAAAGAAAAGCAGUUGCAAGCCGAGCGCAAAAGGAAAGCUGCAUUGUUCUUGCAGACCCUGAAAAAUCCUCUGGCAGAAGCAGAAGUUGAGAAGAUUGAAGAGAAUUCCUUCAGUGUUGAGAGCGUCAGUAGUUUACCRUGUCCCGUCACUGCAGUAAGAACUUUACCGACUUUAGACGUUAAACAAGCAGAAAGGCCUUCCAGCAGAAGCAAAGAUCCUCCUAGGGAUGAAGAAAAGGAGAAGAAAAGAAAGAAACAUAAGAAAAGAUCUCGGACAAGAUCUCGAUCACCUUCUAAAUAUCAUUCAUCAUCUAAGUCCAGAUCUAGAUCACAUUCAAAAGCAAAGCAUUCACUUCCCACUGCCUAUAGAACUGUAAGACAUUCAAGACUCACAGCAUCCACAGGGACACUGAGCAUGGAACCGAGUCUGAGCAGCUCAUCAAUGGCAGCAGCAACAGAGCGAGAAAAUUAUCAGUCAGCUUCGACAACGAAAAGAUUUCACUGCUGGAGCUCUUUUGAGGGAAAUCCUGGUAAAAUGUCAAGGUCAAGGUCAAGGUCACCUAGGAGAAGAGCUCACACACCAGAAAGGCGGAGAGAGGAAAGGAGUGUCCCAACAGCUUAUCGCAUUAGUAAUAGUCCUGGAAAUAGUAGGAAACGCACGCGUUCCAGAAGUCCCCAUGAAAAGAAGAAGAAGAGGCGCUCUAGAUCACGUACCAAAUCCAAAGCUAGGUCUCCUUCACCACCUGCAUCACCAGGCAAACCAUCCACCCACAAAAAUUCUGUACAUUCAACUAGUGUCUCUCCUGUGGAGAGUAGGGAAUCCAGCCAGGAACGCUCCAGGGGAGUUUCUCAGGAAAAAGAUGGCCAGAUCUCUUCAGCGAUUGUUUCUUCAGUGCAGAGUAAAAUCACUCAGGAUCUUAUGGCCAAAGUGAGAGCAAUGCUUGCAGCUUCCAAAAACAUACAAACCAGUGCCUCCUGAGAGCCGUUGAACUGACCAUUGAGAAAUUGUGGGGAAAAAAAAUACAUAAAAACUGCCUCAUCUCAAAUGUACAGCUGAGCUUGGUUCACAACUCCCUUGUCUAAUAUUAUCAGAACUUAAGGAGCUAAAACCUACCUUCCUGUACAGAACUGUCUCCUUGGAAUUUCAUUGAAUUUUUUUCAGACAGAAUCUCUUUGGAAAGUUUUUGGUUUUUUGUAAAUUGAUUUUUUUGACUAAUUCUUCAGUAACAUUUUAUGAUCAGCAGUCUAUAUGUGUAUAUUUGUAAAUAUCAUGUUUC